CGGUGAAAUCCAAUAUGGCUGCCAAUACAGAGGAGGGAAUUUGGAAAUCCAGAAUAUAGCGAAACGUUCGUUUCUUCAACAUGGAUAUGACAUCGACCGUUGUUGGCGAGGAAAUUGGAGAAUUAUGUAGUAUUUUGAUGGAUGGAGGAGAUCGUUUUGGUGUAUCUACUGUCCUUUUUGACUCACACGAGGAGUUGAUAUGGGUUGGCAAUGAAGAGGGACAUAUCACAUCCUACUUUGGUUCAGAGAUGCAGAAAUAUACAUCAUUUCAAGCUCACGAGAAUGAAAUCCGUCAUUUACUAACAAAUGAUGCUGGUGUGUUGUCACUAACAAACAAUGAGAUCAGAUUCACAAAAAGACAAGGACUCAAACUAUUUAGCCUCAGUGGUUCGAACAUGACUGAUAUGCAAUGUAUGUUGCAAAGAGAUGAUGCAACAUUGCUUAUUGCUGGUCAUCAGGAUGAGAUAUUUGAGCUAGAUCUUAACCGUCAUAAAAUUUUAAAAGAAUACACAGUUGAACCAGGGACUUGUAUCAUGAAAGUUUCAUCAAAAUAUUUGUGUUGUGGAGACACAUCAGGCAAGAUACGUUUAAGAGAUCCAAAAAGUUUGAAAUGUGAGCAUGUUCUGUCUGCUCAUUCUGGAACAUUGUCUGAUUUUGAUGUCCUGGGAAAUACGCUGAUUACUUGUGGGUUUUCCAGCAGACUAGGUCAUUUGGCAACGGAUCGUUUUUUGAUGAUGUAUGAUAUGAGAAUGUUGAGAAGUUUACAACCUCUUCAGACGCCAAUGCUAGAACCGUUCAUGUUGAAAUUUUCUGGUACAAUGUCAUCCACAGUUCAAGUUGCUUCCCAUAGUGGUCAACUGCAGUUUCUUGAUAUUGGUGGAAGCAUGACAGCAAGAUCCAUGUAUGUUUAUCACGUGAACACACAGGGAGGGAUGCUGACUGGUUUUGACAUUUCACCCAAUGGUCAAGCAUCAGUAUUUGGUGAUUCUGCUGGUGUGGUCCAUCUUUGGGUUGACCAUGGCAUGGAGCAUUUGAAUUUUAAUAUCUAUUCAAGACCAACAAACUUUGCUGAUGAGAUUCAUCAUUCCCAUCCAUUGGCAAUUGAUGAUGACAGUGUUCCAUAUUCCUCAUUCCCUCUUCCUCACUGCAGUGAACCAUUGCUUUCUGACUGGCCAAGAAAAUUCUUGAAACGACGGGACAGACCCACUCCUCCAAUCGACCCGGAGAUAUUGAGAACGAUGGUAAUGAAAGGUUUCAUAGGACAAGCUCCUAACCCUGGAAAUCGGCUACGAAAUCAGGUUCCUGACAUAUGGCUUUCAACAAAACAAAAACGUCAAGUCCCAGAAUCUCCGAUGAACAGAGAGAAAAAUCCUUUUUCAUUCCUUGUGCCAAAAAUAUACCGACGUGUGGAGAUGAGAUACUCCAAGUUAGGUGUCGAUGAUUUUAAUUUUCAUCAUUAUAAUAAAACGUCAUUUGCUGGUCUUGAGAUCCACAUUCCUAAUGCUUAUUGUAACUCCAUGUUACAGAUAUUCUACUUUCUGGAGCCGCUCAAAGUUUCUCUUCAAAAUCAUUUGUGUAAAAAGGAAUUUUGCUUGGCUUGUGAGCUGGGAUUUCUUUUCGACAUGUUGGAUCAAUCCUCUGGUCAAACCUGUCAAGCGAGUAACUUUCUUCGCGCGUUCCGCACAUUACGAGAGGCCUCGGCACUAGGUUUACUGCUGCCUGACACGGAUGAGUCCCUGGGACGAGUGAACUUCUCUCGGCUGAUUCAAAGUUGGCAGAGAUUCGUUCUGCAGCAGCUUCAUAGGGAUACAGAAAUUAAAGAAGAAAUGGGUGAAGAAAAGGAAAUAAGGGAGACGUCUGUCAUCAACUCGUUAUUUGGAUGUGAAGUCCAAAGAACAAGUCAGUGUAGUCAAUGUGGCGCCCAGACCACGCGGGAUGAAAUCACUUUACUGACAGCUCUGGCUUAUCCUGACAAUAACGAAAAACAAGCCGUCAGUUUUGUGAAUGUUUUGCAGUCCAGUUUACUUGGUAUCCAGACGAGCCCAGCGUGGUGUGAAAAUUGCAAUAAAUUCCAAUCUACGAUUCACAGUAAGAAUUUGAAAAGAUUACCAGACGUUUUAACGAUAAACUGUCAAGUUGAUGCAAGCAAACAUAAAGAAUUUUGGAACCAAAGUAAUGUUAAUUUAGAAGAGAAGAAAGCGAUAAACCCACCUUCUCAAAACACUCGAUCAAGUUCAAACAUUCCUUGUCGUUUUGGAGAUGGCUGUACACGACCUGGUUGCACGUUCCGGCACCCAAAAGAUGAAGAGAAGACUGGGACUGAACCAGGACCGAUUUUUGAAAGUUCUAAAGAAGAUUGUAAACUAACCUGGGUUCCAUUCUCUUUGAAACUAAGAGUAGCGAAUGACGGGACAUUAGUUUGCUCAGAAUUGGAUUCUGUAGAGGAAAGUUCAGAGGACGCUGAAUACAUUAUUUACGAUCUCAAAUCAUCAGUUGCUCAUAUCCAAGAUUAUAAUUCACCCGGCAACCUCGUUGCGAUGAUAAACGUGGAGAAGUCGUAUUGCAAAGAACCAACGACUGAUCAACACUGUGGUUGGCAUCUUUUCAAUGAUUUUGGAGUUUGUGAAAUUAGCCAGGCAGAAGCGGUUGAGUUUGAUUUGUCGUGGAAAACACCGUGUGUUCUUCAGUUCGUCCGUAGAAAUAUGAAAACAGACUAUGAUCUUAACGUGUUUCGCGCUAUUGAUAAACAGAUGAUACUCGCCGAUGUUUCCCUUGCUCAGCGCCACAAUCCAUCAACACAGAAAACGUUCACACCUCUUAAUCUAAACGAAGUAGUACAAGAAGGAUUUGUCGUUGGAAUCGAUUGUGAGUUCGUCACAUUAAAUCAGGAGGAAUCUGAAAUAAAGAGCGACGGAACUCGUUCAACUAUAAAACCAAGCCACAUGAGCGUCGCUAGGGUCACUUGUAUACGAGGCGAGGGACAAUUGAAAGGAAUUCCAUUUAUUGAUGACUAUAUUUCUACGUCUGAACAGGUCGUGGAUUACCUCACGGAGUUUUCUGGUAUUAGUCCUGGUGAUCUGGAUAUAACGAUCUCUACCAAGCAUCUUACAACAUUAAAAACAACUUAUUUAAAACUAAAAUACUUGUUACAGCAUAACGUGCUGUUUGUGGGACAUGGACUAAAGAAGGACUUCAGGGUGCUAAAUAUCAUGGUGCCAAAGUCGCAAAUUGUUGAUACAGUUGAACUGUUUCAUCUUCGACAGCAAAGAUAUAUUUCGCUACGGUUUCUCGCCUGGUAUUUUUUCGGUAUAACAAUUCAGUCAAACACCCACGACAGUACAGAGGACGCGUGUACGGCACUCAGGUUGUAUCAACGUUAUAAAGAAUUGAUGCAGAAAGGUGAACACGAGUUUCAUGGAACUUUAAAUCGACUGUAUGAGACUGGUCGAAGUUUAGGUUGGCAAGUCGAAGACUGAAUUUAAAUAAGACUGGAAAUUGGAAUAGAAUGUAAAUAAUGUGUAGAGAUGUUUUAUAGUAAAAGGAAAUUCAUU